AUGUUUCCGCAGACUUCCAUCUCCUCCUUCCCCUCCUUCCACUCCAGGGUAGCGGCUUGCAGCAAUCAAACGCUGACGUGUGAGCCGUUGCGAGCGAGGCCGUACUGGAAUGACAAUAUCAAUGUGGAGUGCUACCGUGCUGCUGAUGACGCCCUGCCGCUCUCCCUCGACAAUGACGCGGCACCGCUAGUCGGAGUUGCCAAGCUGCGCGUGCCAGUGCUCUUUCAGGACACAGGUGCCAGUGGCAGUGGGAUCCCCUCCUCCUCCUCCUCCAUCUUCUCCUCCUCCUCCCUCUCUCGUGUCGCCAACGUCAGCAUCAGCGGGAGUGCGAGUGCGAGUGCGAGUGCGAGUGCGAGUGCAAGGGCGUUGGUAGCGAGUGGCAGUGGGCGCACGGACAGUGCCAGCAGCAGUGUGCUCAACUCUGCAUGCGAUGAUUUUAUCGAUGGGGCUCUCAGCAUGAGGGAGGCGCAGGUGAAGCAUCGGGACGAGUUCCUAUCGGAGCUGGGUCAGGCCCUCACAGACAGCAAGAAGCAGGCCGCAGCUCUACUACACGAGGUGGAGGAGCUAAAGUGGCAGCUGGGGCAGGAGCAACACCAGAACAAGCACCUCAAGUCACGUGUGGCGGACUAUGAGGCGUUGGGGAGGGGAGAUGGGACAGUAUGUGGGGAUGACCGUAUAGAGGUGCUGCGCUCACACCUUGCAGAGGCAGAAUGGAACGCGGAGCAGGCAGCUACAGAUGUGUGGGAGAAAGAUAAGGAGAUCAAGGACCUCAAGGCCAAGCUGGCGUCUAUGGAGCUGGAACUGCAGGCCAUGACAGAGCGGGAGGAGGCGGUGGUGGCGCUGCAGGAGCGCACGGAGGAGAAGCGGGCGGGGCUAGAGGAGGAGCUAGCGCAGGUGCAGGAGGAGAUGCAGCGCGUCACACGGCGCAAGGCUGACAUGGAAGCAGACAUGCGCAGACGCCUGACAGAGGCGGAAUCAGCGUUGGCAGCAGCGCAGGUGCGCGAGAAGGGGUUGGAGGAGCGGCGCAGGGCAGCGGUGGCGGAGGAGAGGAGGCUCAAGGCGCGCAUGCUGGAGCUCAAAACAGAGGUGGCGCGCGCUGGCACUCACAGCACCACGUCCUUCAAGGCUGUUGCUCAGGUGGCAGCUCUGCGGUUCCAGAAGGAGCGGCUGCUGCGGGAGAAGGAGAACCUCGAGAAGAAGCUCAAGGAGGCAACAGGGGAGGGUGCAGGGGCUGCGGUGGCAGUGGCAGCAGUCGCAGCGGAGGCAAGCAAUGAGACUAUUCAGAAGCUGGAGCAGGAGCUGGUACACACGCAGGAGAUGCUGGAAGCAGAGAGAAGCGCAGCAGCAGAGGCAGUGGCACAACGAGAGGCGAUGAGGGGAGAGGUGGAGGAGCUGAGACGGGAAGUGGAGGCACUGAGUGUCCGCAGCAAGGAGGAGGCAGACGGGCAGCAAGCAGAGGAGCAGGAUCCCAUCGCGAGUGCAUCGGAGGAGGAGUUGAGGGAGCAGCUGCAGAGUGCAUUGGAGCAGUGGGAGAAGACCAAGAACUUCUCCCGCCUCCUUCAGGGGCAGGUGUUUGAGCAGAAGAAGCGGAUCAGAGAGCUCGAGGAGGAACUCAGGCGGACAGAGGCCGGCCCACUCAAGGAGCGCCUGGGGAAGGUGGAGGAGGAGGCGCGAGCACUUGGGCAGUAUGUGGAGCAGCUGGAGCGGGAGAAGGCCCAGGGCGGGGCGGACCCAGCAGAGGUGGAGGCACAGAGGGCGAACCUGCAGGCCAUGCGGGAGGAGGUGGGGCAGCGGCGCAUGGAACAUGAACACCUCAUGCAGGAGCUGAACGUGAUGCACCGCAACCAUCAGGAGCAACUCACCGAGGCGUGUUUUGAGACGUCUCAAAACUCGCCCUACGAGAUGUCUCAAUCAAGAACUCUCUACAACUCUCUCCCAUACGUGCCUCACUCCUUUCCCUUUGAGCAGAACGUUAUGCACCGCAACCAUCAGGAGCAACUCGCCGAAGCUCACCGCCAGCGCGAUGCAGCGACGGGGGAGCUGAGGGCGCUGCAGCGGCAGCUGGAGGAGGAGGAGGAGGCGCGGGCGGAGGCGGAGAGGAGGCGCGUGGAGAGUGAGAGGCGGCGCGCGGCGGUGGAGCAGGAGAGGAACGAGACGGAGAUGGAGGCCUGCGCUCUCAAGCAGAAGCUGUCGCGCCUGCAGCGCCAGCUGUCGGAGCUGAACUAUGCGCGCAGCAAGAGCGGGGAGCAGGAGGAGCGGGCGGUGAAGGAGCAGGCAGCGAAGGUGGCACAGCUGCAGGAGGAGGUGGUGCGGCUGAGCAAGAUGGGGCAGGAGGCGGAGCGACUCAGAGCUGAAGUCAUGGCCAGGGACGCCAAGCUGAAGGCAGAGGAAGCAAAGAUAACUCAGUUUGCAUCCAAGCUGAGGGAGGUCACAGAAGUAAACGAGACCAUGGAGAGGAAGUUAAGGGAGCAGAGUGCAAUGGAAGCAGCCGUUUACGAGGUGACAGCAGCAGACACAAGGAAGCCAGGGCACGUGGUGAGGCUGAGGAAGAAGACGGCCUACAGCUGUGCUGUGUGCAAGCUUGCAGGCAGGGGGCUGUGCUGGCGCUGCACUCACUCCACGUGUGGGGACUAUGUGCACCCGCAAUGCCUCACCAAGGGGUGA